AUGGCCUGGUCUCGUGCGCGCCCGGCGUGUCCGGCGUGGUGUGCCGUCGCGGUGCUCGCGGUGAUCCUUUACAGAGCCAUUGAUGGCUGCACAGAAGUGUUUCUGUCUCCACCCAGACAAAAGGCCGUGAACGGGGCGGCUGGAGCCUCCGGAGCUUUGCUGGGCUUGGGUGCAGCCGCUCCGGCAGCACAUGCUUUCGAGAUGCCGAACCUGGGGCAAUUCUUCAGCACUGUCUGGAGAGUCGUGUCUACAGGGAGUGACGAGGUCUACGAUCCUACCACGGAGGAGGGUGCCAAGGCUCUGGGCCUGGCGGUCCCUCUGCCAAAGGAUGGUUUCGGCGAGGUCACGCAAGAUGACGUUCUGCCCUUCGCCUUGUUCUUGCUGGCGUUGGUUGCCUGGGGCCUUUUGGUGGUCCCUAGCAACAUGGAUCGCAGCGACGGGGCGAAGUCGGUUCUGUUCCCUUCCCAAGUCCCUAAGUUACAGGAAAGUUCGGUGUUCGGAUUGCAGCUUCUGGCUUCGAGCUCGCCCCCCCCCGUCCCCGUUUUCUUUGGGCAGCGACAAUGGUCCUGCCCCAUGAUCCUCUAUGACAACAAGAGUAUCUUAUCCCUCUCUUGCAAAUACCAUGGCAGCGUCUUCCCGAAGGCGACCUUGAUAGCUCUUCCUUUCGUCAUCGCAGUCAUAGUCCUGAAAGCCCUGGUUCAAGCCGAGCAGAUCAGUCUCGAUGAUCUUGAUUUGAUCACAGACGGCUCUGUGUACGGUGCCUUUAGCUUGGUCCUGAGCUUCACUUUGGUCUUUCGAUGUCAGCAAGCUUACCAGCGCUACAUUGAGUCUGCCAAAGCAAUGCACACCAUGAGCGCAGAAUGGAUCGACGCUUGCGGCAGCCUGCUCUCUUUCAGCAAAGCAUCUCACAGAUCUGACAGAGAAAAGGCGCAGUUUGAAGGCGUCAUGGUCCGAUUGUUUUGCCUUAUGCAUGCCUGUGCCAUGGAAGAUCUGUGCAACAAGGGAGAUCACUUCAAGCUGUUGGACAUCGAGGUGUUCUUGCCGGAAGACCUCAAGCUCCUCGAGCAGCCAGACGGAGCGAACACGCUGGAGAAUCCGAUAUCUAUGCAAAUCCAAUAUGUCUUCAUCUGGAUCAAAUACUUGAUCGUACAAGGUAUCCAGAGUGGUUUGUUGGACGUCCCUCCGCCGAUUCUCACGCGUGCCUACCAGGAGAUUGGCGCUGGAAUGGCUCAAUUCCACAACGCGCAGAUGAUCUCCAUGUGGCCCUUCCCCUUUCCCUACGCCCAGCUCAGCCUCUUCCUCUCAGUGCUUCACUUGUUUCUGAGCCCCAUCAUCAUGCUGAAGUACACAAGCAGUGUUUGGGCAUCAGCCCUCCUGACUUACAUCUCCAUCGUCUGCGUGAUGUCCCUGAACAUCAUCGGGGUGGAGCUGGAGAAUCCUUUUGGCGAGGACACGAACGAUCUACCUGCAGCAGAGACUCACGAGCAAUUCCGACACCAUAUCUUGCUCCUUGCCGACCCGGGGGCGUGGCAGGUUCCCAGGACGAAGGAUAGCUUUAGCACUGGCUUCGAGCAGUUGCGGAACGCCUCCGGUCGGCGGGUGAGCUUGAAGCAGCACCUCAACAGCACCGCCCAUCUGGAUUCGGACCUGGCGAAGGACAUGAAGGCCACGGACACUGCGGGCGAGGCGAACGGGCCAGGGCCGCAGAACCCGCAAACAAGUCCGAAAAGCCACGGCCACGACCCCGGCCACGGGCAGAGCCCUCACGGAGGUCAGCACUUUGCUGCGGACCCAAAGCAGGUCGAGAUUCUGGAACGCUGGCUCAGCAGACAAUCUUCGAUGUUAGAAAGCUUCCUGACAAAGCAGCAGGCCCUCAUGGAACAGAUGCUCAGGUUCCGCAAUGUUGAGGUGAAGGCUUCGAACGGGCCCUCGGUCUUCACUCCCGAGGGCUGCUGCUCCAUCAGCGCGAUGCGACCCAGGCCUCUGGUUUGA